AUGUGUUGUUGUACUGCAAGCGAUAUUUUAUUGUGUAUAGUUGCUACCAUAUUUCCACCCUUAGCCGUUUGGUUCAGAUCUGGUUUAUUUUCAGCACCUUUACUACUUAACAUUAUAUUGACAUUAUUAGGCUUUGCACCAGGUGUUGUUCAUGCUUUUUAUCACAUAUCUAUAACAAGUCCCUUGAGGCGUGAAUAUUGCGAGCAACAAGGCUGGGCAGUAUUGUCAGCUAGUGAUCAGAACACUGCUUUAAUGGGGACUGCACAACAGCAGCCUGUAUUACAGCCCUACCAGCAAGUACAUCAUAAAGUACAGUAUAAAUCAGAACAACAAGGACUUCCUCCACCCUACACAGAAUCGGUAUGA